ACUUUAGUUACACCGAGUGUCGUCGUCGCGAUCGUUUCAAUUUCAAGAGCGUCAAGAAGAAGCAACAUUUUUGUUUUUUUUUCUUUCGCUUUAAAUUUUGUUUAAAGAAACUUCUUCGUUUUUCUUUUUACUGCCGACGAAUGUUUUAUUUAUUUCAAUUUUUUGAAAAUUCGGGAAAACUUAAGUGUUUCAAAAAAAGAAUUCCUCGAGAAUUCUAGUGAAAAAAAAGUGUUUCAAAAAGAAAUAUAGAAAAAUAAAAAGAAGAAGAAAGAAAUCCAAAACGUGUCUCAUAUUUUAAUUUAGGUGAUUUUUUUUGGUUAUAAUUGUUUAACCAAAUUUUAAAUAUAAGGAAAUAAGUUUUUUAUUUAAUAAAAAACAAACAAACACAAAAUGCAUGGCCAAAGGAAUAAAUGGUGUACAAAAUUGUCGAGCACAUUUCUACGAAAAUGGUGGAUCACAAUAGCAUUUGCAGUAUGCCUAAUUAUCCUUGGUAUUCUAGUCGCAUGUGGAUUUUCAGCACUCAUCAGACAAAUAAUUGACCAUCAGGUGGCGCUGAAGGAAGGAGGUCAAACAUUCGGUUGGUGGUCAAAACCACCAGUUGAACCAAGAAUGUCAGUUUAUGUCUACAAUGUCACAAAUGCCGAUGAAUUCCUCAAUAAUGGUUCAAAACCAAUUCUAGACGAAUUGGGUCCAUAUGUUUACACUCAAUCGUGGGAAAAAGUCAAUAUCAUAACAAAUCGCAAUGGAACUCUUAGUUAUAAUUUAAAAAAGGUCUACAUAUUCCGUGAUGAUUUAUCAGUGGGAUCUGAAGAUGAUGUUGUUAUUGUGCCAAAUAUUCCCAUGUUAAGUGCAACAUCACAAAGUAAACAUGCCGCAAGAUUCUUGAGAUUGGCAAUGGCAAGUAUUAUGGACAUUUUGAAGAUCAAACCAUUUGUUGAAGUUUCUGUGGGACAACUUUUAUGGGGCUAUGAAGAUCCAUUAUUGAAAUUGGCCAAGGAUGUUGUACCAAAAGAACAAAAAUUACCAUACGAAGAAUUUGGUUUGAUGUAUGGCAAAAAUAGUACAUCACUUGAUCGUAUUACAAUAUUCAGUGGAGUCAAUGAUAUCAACAAAUUCGGUAUAAUUGACAAGUACAAUGGUCAUUCAUACCUGCCACAUUGGGUUGGAGACGACUGCAACCGACUGAACGGAACCGAUGGAUCCAUUUUCCCACCUCAUCUAGACCACAACCGCACUUUGCACAUUUACGACAAGGACUUGUGUCGUCUUCUGCCUUUGGUCUUCCAAAAGGAAGUAGUAACUAAGGGUGGUGUUAAGGGGUACCGUUUCACACCGCCAGAGACUGUUUUCGCCGAUGCCGAAACACACCCUGAAAAUAUGUGCUACUGUCCCGGUGGUCCUGGCUCAUGUGCUCCAAACGGAUUGUUCAAUGUUUCAUUGUGUCAAUAUGAUUCACCAAUCAUGCUAAGUUUCCCACAUUUCUACCUCGCUGACGAUAGCUUACGAACAGCCGUCGAAGGUAUUUCCCCACCAGAAAAGGAGAAACAUCAACUUUUCCUUGAUGUCCAACCAGACAUGGGAACGACCCUACGUGCCCGUGCUAGAAUUCAAAUCAAUUUAGCUGUCAGUCAAGUGGUUGACAUCAAACAAGUGGCCAACUUCCCCGACAUCAUUUUCCCAAUUAUGUGGUUCGAAGAUGGAGUCGAUGGUCUUCCCGAAGAGAUUACAGACUUAAUGAAUUUUGCUUCAACUGUCCCACCAAUGGCCAAGCAAAUCCUAAUGAUUGCACUCUUCCUACUUGGUGUUGUUCUUCUUGUUCUAGCAGUUUUCUGCCUUAUACGUGGCUCAAACCGACAGAGUACAUUACAUUUGGAAAAUUCAAAUUACCUCGCAACGGCGCAAGUCGAUUUGGCCAAAAAGAAAGCAAAAGAAAAUAAACACUCGUGCUGGUUGUUCAACUCUAACGAUAUGCUGAAUUUUGUCAAAUUUGGAUUAAGUUGCCUUUUGGCGACAGUUUUACUUUUUGCUAGUGCUGGCAAUGCACAAAUUGCAAACGCUGCUGUGAAUCUUUUAACUUUUGGCCUAAAUGCUAAGGAUUUCAUUUCUGAGGAACUUCUUCCAGCUGAUUUGCCACCUCAAAAUGCCAGUUACGACUUCAUCAUUGUGGGAGCUGGACCAGCAGGUUGCGUUCUGGCAAAUCGACUCUCUGAGAACCCUAAUUGGACUGUUUACCUGUUGGAAGCUGGAGGAAAGGAAAACUUCGCUCAUGACAUUCCAGCUUUGGUGUCACUUCUCCAAAAGACUAAUUCCAACUGGGGAUAUAAAUCCGUUCCACAAAAAAAAUCUUGCUUCGGUAUGUACAACAACGAGUGUGCUCUUCCUAGGGGCAAGCUUCUAAGUGGUACCAGUGGAAUAAACUUUAUGAUUUACAAUCGUGGAAAUAAGAGAGAUUUUGAUCGUUGGGCUGAAGCAGGAAACUACGGAUGGUCUUACGAUGAUGUCUUACCAUAUUUUAAACGAUCGGAAGCUGCAAAUUUAAAAGACCUUGAAAAUUCCCCAUAUCAUAAUACAACUGGUCCUCUAAGUGUUGAAGAUGUUUCAUACAGAACUAAAAUAGUUGAUGCUUUUGUUGAGGGAGCUCAAGAAGCUGGUCAUAAAUUGAAUGACUACAAUGGAGAAUCACAGAUGGGAGUAUCAUAUGUUCAAGCCACAACCAAAAAAGGUCACAGGCACUCAGCUGCAAAGGCUUAUUUGGACCCAAUUAGUCAGGAACGAAAGAAUCUCCAUAUAUUGACCUUUGCAACCGUUCUCAGGAUUCUAAUUGAUACUGCUACGAAUUCAUCUUAUGGAGUUGAAUUCUUGUACAGAAACAAAAAGUACACCAUUCGAGCUAAGAAGGAAGUUAUUCUAUCAGCAGGUGCCUUCAAUUCUCCACAGUUGCUGAUGCUUUCCGGAAUCGGUCCUAAUGACGUACUUACAUCUGUUGGGAUUCCAAUAAUCAAAGAACUUCCGGUUGGAAAAAUUAUGUACGAUCACAUGAGUUUCAUCGGCCCAGUUGUCACAGUAAACACAACCAGACAGACACUAUAUGCCACCCGUUUGGGACCAAUUGACUAUCUGCGGUACAAAACUGGUAGUCCUUCAACACGAUUCUCGACCAUAGGUGGUGUGGAAUCAUUGGCUUUUAUCAAAACCCCUAAUUCAACGGAACCCGCUGAUAUGCCAGAUAUUGAAAUAAUUAUGGCUUCAACAGGCUUUGCUGGUGAUUUUGGAACGGGAUUGAAAGAAGGCGCCAAUCUGAAGGAUACAAUUUACAAUACCAUGUUUAAGCCACUUGCUGAUAAAUUUCAAGAUCAUUACACAAAUUUGAUUUUGCUGUUCCACCCUAAAUCAUUUGGGUACAUUUCAUUGUUGAACAAUGAUCCAACAACUCCACCAAUUAUCGAUCCUAACUAUUUCGCAGUGGAUGAAGAUAUUGAGGUAAUUUUGGAGGGUGUCAAGGAAGCAAUUCGAAUUACAGAAACUCCUGCUAUGCAAAAGAUCGGUGCAAAAUUGCAUGAUAUUCCAACACCAGGCUGUGAAGAUCAAACAUUUGGAAGUGAUGAUUAUUGGAGAUGUUCGAUUAAGGUUCUUUCUUAUACACUGCAUCAUCAAGUGGCCACUUGCAAAAUGGGACCGUCUAGUGAUCCAACAACCGUUGUUGAUCCACAAUUAAAGGUGCACGGUGUGAGGAAAUUGAGAGUUGCUGAUACAGGAAUCAUACCAAUUCCACCAACAGCUCAUACCAAUGCUGCUUCGUUUAUGAUUGGGGAAAAGGCUGCCGAUAUGAUAAUAGCAGAGUGGCAGUAGUUUAUUUCAAAUAAAAAAAUCAUUUGAAUAAAUAAAAUUAUUCUAGCAGUUUUGAAAUAGA